AAAACAUUACCUGAUAAUUUUUUAAUUAACCAAAAUCAUUUAACGAUUAGAUAACAUAACUUAUAUUUAAAUCAAUUUUAUAAGCGUUCAAUCAUCCCCAACUACUACUAUGAGUGAAUUAAGUGAAAUUAAAAACCUCCGAGAUUUAGUCAAAGACCGAAUCGAAGGGGAAAUUUUGGAACAAGCAGCCAAACGUCUAGUUCCUCCUGGUGAAAAUUACGGCAGCAUCAUUUACAAAGUCGAUUUUUCAGUUAAAAACGACGAUUCUACCGAAACUUACCACGCAGUGGCCAAAUGUACACCACCGAAUAAAGUAACUCAAGAAGUGUUCAACACUCAAAUAACUUUUAAAACUGAAAUUGGUUGGUACACAACAGUAAUUCCAACUUACAAGGAGUUUCAAAAGGAAAAAGGUGUUAAGGAAGCUGAUUUUUUUCAACACUUUCUCGGUGCCAGGAUUUCUUUGGAUCCUGACAGUGACGUUGUUGAUGAAUACGGAUGCAUUUUGACUAAGAAUUUGAUUAGUUUAGGUUACAAAAACGUCGAUCGUCACGAAGGAUUCGAUUUGAAAACCGCAAAGUCAGUACUCAGAGACUUAGCCAAGUACCACGCAAUCCCUUGGGCUCUAAAACAACAAAACCCUAAAUUAUUUGCUGAGAAAAUUUUACCUUUCAUGCCAAAAUAUCCUAAUAGUGACGAUGAUUCUGUCGACUUUAUGGCAUCAGUUAAACAAAACCUUAGAAAUAUGCCAGAAAUAACUGAAUAUUUGGACAGAGUGAUUCACGUCCUUGAUAAUAAUAAACCAUUUGAUUUUGAAUUCGUUCCAAGAGAACCAUGGGCAACUAUCACACAUACCGAUUUUUGGAGCAACAACAUAAUGGUGACUGACGAAGACGAACCCAAAACGAUUAUUUUAGAUUUGCAAGGUACCCGUUACGGAUCGUUAGCUUCUGAUGUUUUAUUCCUAUUUGCCUUGUCAAUCAAAUUGGAUGUAAAUGAAAAACACAUGGACGCAUUAAUUGAACAUUAUUGGACGAAUUUUGUUGGAACAGUAAAAGAAUUAGACAGCGAUGUUACUGGUUUGACUUACGAAGGAUUUUUGGAAGAACUAAGCCUUAGAGCCAAAAGUGAGCUCGGCCACGCCCUAUUCAUUGGCCAAUUCAUUUUCUUGGAAAAAGGAGUUACGCACUUUGAUAGCUCCGACAAAGACUUCAAAAAAGAAGAUUUAGAUUCAAGUGGCAACGUUGAAUUCGGCAAAAAGCAUCGCGACCGAUUCAGUUGGGUUAUUAAGGAGUUUGCAAGACGAAACUGGAUAUAAUAAUAAAUUGC